AUGGAGGGUAAGGGCUACGGUGUUGUGGCCGGACGGAGUGUCAAAGCUGGUGAGAAGCUCUACGAAGAGCCGCCGGCUCUCGUCGUGAACUCGGAGGACUCCAUGCAAGUGCAGCUGUUCCAGACAGUGGCUGCGGCCAUGUUCGUCGUGGUCAACAUCGUGCUCGCGAUUUCCGGAGCAGGUCUUGCAGUGCCAAUUCUCCUCGGUGCUGGCGGUGUGUAUCUCUGGCUCAGGAAUUCUGGUGAUGAUUUGUUGGUCCCCGAUGAGCUGAAGGAGCAAUGGGAAGCUCUCCCCACCGAGAAACGUGAAGCUCUCGCGA